AUUUCCCAACUUGCGAGGAUCGUCCCCUUUCGGGAAAUCCUUUGUGCUCGUCAUCCUAUUAAUACUCGACCGCCUCUCCAUCAUGUCCACACUUCUUCUUUUUUCCCUUCUCCAGCCAAAAAGCCAUCACCGCAACUCUAGUCACUUGACUCCAGCUUUGACUUCGGUCGUCCACUCUUUCACAACGCUAUAAGCUUGCAGCUUUAUCACAUUCUUUUUCACUUCCCAAAACAAACAUCUACCAUUUUACGUUUCUAAACGUACAAUAUCAAAACAUAUUCAAGAUGCGUUUCACCGGAGCUGUUUUCUUCGCUGGCGCCGCCAUGGCCGGUAGCACUAUUUACUCGACCGACUUCGUGACCAUCACUUCGUGUGCUCCUACCGUCACCAACUGCCCGGCCAGGUCCACCGUGACCUCCAGCACCGUCUACCCGGCCUCCAGCACUGCCGUUUCCAGCGCUGAGACUUCUCCCGCUGGUGGCUACCCCACUGCUGGUGUUCCGGCCCCCAGCAGCAGCAGCGUCCCCGUUGCUAGCAGCUCUGCCACUGCCCCCGUUUCUAGCAGCUCCGCUCCCGCUUUCAGCAGCAGCAUUCCCGCUCCUGUUCCCAGCAGCUCUGCUCCCUCCAACGGCACCGUUCCCGGUUACCCUACCGGCCCUGCCCCCUCUGCGAGCGUCCCCGUCCCGGCUGCCAGCUCUCCCGCCAGCUCUGCUUCCGAGUCCUCUCCCGCCGGUGGCUACCCUACCGGUGGUGUUCCCUCGGAGUCUGCUCCCUACCCUACCACCACUAAGGUUCCUGAGCAGCCCAGCUACGCCACCUCGGUGAUCCCCGUCACCUACACCACCUGCGUGCCCACCACCACCGUCAGCUACUCGACCAUCACGGUCAGCCCCUCUGCCCCCGCCGGCACUGGUGUUCCCUCUGUCCCUGGUGCUCCUUACCCCACCGGCUCGUUCACUCCCUCUGCCCCCGUCUCUCCCUCUUACCCCACUGGCAGCCCCAUCCCCACUGCUGGUGCUUCCACCGUCGCCGGCUCUGGCCUCUUUGCGGCCAUCGUCGGUGCCGCCGCCCUCUUCUUCGCUUAAGCGACCAAAUUUCUUGGUUUUCUGUGUUAAUGAUUCAAAGCCGGGAUAAUAUGGCAAAUUCAGUGUGGCAAUCAUGAGGCGUGAACGUAACGGUUCCGGUUGCAUAUGUACUUAAUUCCUAAUUGUAUUUAUGGGCCUCGGAUGCCUACGACAAAACCAACUUCAUUCGGAGUUCAUAUUUGCAAAGCUCUAGAAACGAACAAACCCAAUCGUCUUUUUUGUUUCUCUUCGGAUCGUGAAUGUUAGGUACCUGUUUUCCCCACGUAAUUCCAGGCGAGUUGAGUGUUUGUUUUGACUUGUUGGUGUGGUUGAUCGUUAAUUUGACCCCUGGAUGCGUAAUUUCCGAUCCUUGUUUGGG